CAUGGCCGUAACAAAAGCAGGAAGUGUGUUCAUGGCUUUUCUCUUCUCUGUGGGAGUGAAACUGGCCCACAAUGGAUGGAGUGUGUCUUACACUCGGAAGCAAAUCUGUAUCUUGAAAGGUUCAUCGGUGGACCUAACCUGCUUUUACACAUAUCCCAGUGGAUAUUUAGUCACCUCAACAUUCUGGUUUAGUGCCAAACAAAGUGAUAGGUGGAGAGAAAAUUCAAUCCCAGAGGACCUAACAGAAGACCCAGGGUAUUCAGGUCGUGUGAAGUACCCUGGAACAGAAAGUGGUCACUCCACUCUGAGAAUCACAGACCUGAGAGAGGAAGACUCAGCUGAGUAUCACUUCUCGUUUCAUAAACAGACUUCAGGUUUGGGUUAUAGCUUACCGGGAACAGCUCUUUCCAUCACAGGCCUGCAGGUGAAGGUGACAGGAAGUCAGAAACUGACACUGACCUGUAGCACCACCUGCCCUCUGAGUGACAACCCCACCUAUAUGUGGUACAUGAAUGGACAAUAUCUACAAGAAGAUAUCUUUCCCUGGUACCGAUACUUAGUCAGCAGUAAAUAUGCAGGCAGCUACUCCUGUGCUGUAAAAGGCCAUGAGAAUCUCCACUCUCCUGCAGUGUGUGUUCAUGGUCACAACUGUCAGAGUGUUACUACUGUCAAUAGAAAUAUGUGUGCCUUAAAGGGGACAUCAGUGGACAUUUCCUGCACUUACACAUAUCCCAACGACCCCCAGAUCAGUAAAGCAUUCUGGUCUAAUAAAUGGGGUACUAGAGGAGAGCCUGAAGAUCUGAGCCAGGACCCAAAGUAUGUGGGUCGUGUGGAGUACCGUAUUCCUGGAAAUAAGGAGAAUGACUGUACCCUGAGAUUCACAGGUCUGAGAAUGAGUGACUCAGCUGAGUACAGAUUCAGGCUCAGAACCAUUUUAGGAGGGAAGUUUGCUGGAACUCCUGUAUUGCUGACUGUCACAGAUGUCCUAUUGGAGUUGGAUCCCACAUCUGUGUCAGAGGGGGAGAGUGCCAUACUGAGAUGUAGAACCAAAUGUACACUGGGUCCAAACACAGCCUUUAUUUGGUAUAAGAAUGGACAGCCUAUACCAAACAACUAUCCCUACUCCAACAGACUGUACCAAAACCCAGUCAGCAAUGACGAUGCAGGCAGCUACUCCUGUGCUGUAGAUGGCCAUGAUGAUCUCCACUCUCCGGAAGUGACUCUCAGAGUCAGAUACAAACCAAAGAGCACCUCAGCUUCAGUCAGUCCCUCUGGUAAGAUAGUGGAGGGCAGUUCAGUGACUCUGACAUGCAACAGUGAUGCCAACCCACCAGUGCAGAAUUACACCUGGUUGAAGAGAAACGUAACUUCACCAAAAGCUUCAGGGCAGAGUUAUACUAUCACUAAAAUCAGCUCUGAAGACAAUGGAGAAUACUACUGUGAGGCACGGAACAUUUUAGGGGGAGAGAAUUCCAGUCUCAUUCCUAUUUAUAUUCCUGUUGCUUUUCUUUGGGCUCCUGUAGUGGGGUUAGGGGUGGGAGCUGUUUUGGCUGCUGGAGCACUUGUCUUCACUUACUGCAUGCUGAAGAGAAGAUUCAGAGGAAGUGAUCAUUCCAUAACGGACACACACAGUGUCCAUGUCCAUCCUGACCCUAACAGUGACACGUACACAGCUCUGAUCAACAUCAAGUCCCCUGAAAAUGAAAAUUUAAGGGGCACCACCAGUGACACGUACACAGCUCUGAUCAACAUCAAGUCCCCUGAAAAUGACAAACAGGAAGGUGUAACACACACAGACCUCCAGAGAGAAGAUCAAAUCCCAGUAUAUGAAAACAUCCCAUUGUAUGAGACCAUCCUGAGAGUAGAACCACCACAGAGCCUGGACUGAAAGCAUUUGGCAGACCCAUGGUAUCAAAGAAAACCUAGACCUCACAUACACAUUGAUUUCUUUGAGAUGAGGUUAUUGAGCUUUAAUUUAUUAUUCAAAUGAUUAAAAGCUGUAAGUGAAAUUAUGUAUUAAUAAUGGACAACGGUCCCAAGAUUAUGCUUCUGUACUUUCCCUAAAGGAUUUGCUAUUAUCGUGUUAGAAGUUAUUCAUUUGGCUGCUAUCAGAGAUAAAUGUACCUUCCUGAAAAAAUAUAAAAUAUCAUACUAUUUAUACUUAUUUUAUUCUCAAAUGAUUUGUGAUAACUGUAGUUGAGAGUAAGUUACAUGUUGUUGUAAAUAAGGCCACGUUUUUAAAUGAAUAAAGUGAG